CAGGAGGGUGACUGGUUGUAAGGUUAGGUUAGUGGUGAUGGUAUGGUGAAGAGUAUGGUAGUGCAGGUACUGCAGUACCAGUGUUCUACUACUUGGUAUUGACCUCAAAGGCAUCAUCGUGGGCAUUAUGACUCUAGCGAGCCUGACUUUACUCAGUUUGGUGGUAUGGAGGGUUGUUGGCCUACCUGCUGCCCCAGUGCCACCCUCUACAGCACCUGCAGCAUCACCAGCACCGCCCAGUAACUGUGAGUACUGGUGCCGCACUCCUGAAGACACUUUCUACUGCUGCCACGACGAUCAGCUCUCAGAUCCCACAGAGCACCCAGGCUACUGCCCAGCCACUCGUUCAACUUGUCCAACUAUAGACAAAAAACUCCCUGAGACUUUACCUCGCAGGGACUACAAUGGCGUCACCUUCCCUGAUCUACCUCGCUCUCUACCAGUUCUGUGCGACAGACGGAUCCUGUGAACAUUAUGAGAAGUGUUGCUUCGACGCUGUUUUCGCAAGCAUGUUUGUAAAUUUGCCUUCAGUGAAGAU